AUGUUGAGCCAACUCCUUGCCCUCGCGGCGACUACAUCUGUAGUCUCUGCUUCCUUCCUCAAAGGCUGUGCGGAGGCCAAGUGGGACUCCGACACGGACUUCUGGCAGCACAAGUUUAUUCCUCAAGACAGCGAUGCGUUCGUAGCAGAUUACAACAAGACCUAUGCUACGAUUCGCAAUCAUGCCGGAUGGACUGUGCUUCACUGCACAAACGAGCCUCCCCCAUUGGAGGCCGUCAGGGGCGACAAGGAUACCUUGUUCGUCAAGGUCCCCGUUACCAGCGUUGGGGCUUUGGAUGGGUUCUCGCAGAACUUGAUUGACAUGCUCGGCAUGUCUAAAACCAUCCAUCGGGUCGGCAAGUACGACACCGUCACCACUGCAUGUGUUCGUGGCUCCAUGUACAACAACAUCACCUAUGACCAGGACAACUGGGACAAAGCACCUGAAGUGAACGUCACUUUCUACGGAGAUGGCCACAACAAGGACCCGAAGAAGUUCUUGAUUUUCAACAGCUUUUACUCGCCCCUCGGGGCCGCCUCGUACCUCAAGGUUGUGUCCAUGUUCUUUGGCCUCGAGGAGCGCGCUGAGAGCAUUUAUGAUGCCAUCGUUGCCAACUACCGUUGCGCGGCUGCCAAUGUCCAAGACCGUAUCAUGAACAACAACUGGCCUCAGGGUGCUUUGCUGUCAGCUGUACAGAAGCAGGGUGAAAAUUAUGCUGUCUAUCAGAACGACUUCUGGACAACCUUGGCCAACGACGCCGGUGUGCGCUUGGUCAAUGUAUCCUCGGAUGGCAAGCCGACGGGCGAAUAUGAGUAUCCCGGUGUAUAUACGAUCAACGCCAAAGAUGCCCCCAAGAGCAAGCUAGCUUCCGAAUCUUGGGCCAUCAUCGAUACAACGCAGUAUCUCGCCACAGAUGAUCUAAGGUUAAACUCCAAAGAGUUCCCAUCCCCACCCGAUGUCACUACAUAUAUGCAGCUGUCCGGAGUAUCUAGCGAUAUAUACGCCUGGAACCAGAAGAACAUCAUCCUCACUGACAAGGGAACCAACCGCAACCUACGACACAACUUCAUGGACAAAGGCCCGGCUCGUCCGGACUUGGUACUCUAUGACCUGCUCACCAUGAUUAACCCUUCUAUGACGGCUGGCAUUUAUACAACCCAAUUCAUGCGUAACAUCAAGAACCCAGGCGACACUGCGUACCAGCUCGCCACCAUUGAUAGCUGCACGCCUGAGGAUAACACGCUUGGGGCUUUGAACAUCACCAAGUGCGAGCUCCCCAAGUGGGCCCUUGGCUUCCACAAGUCUGGUGCCUCUGCCAACGCUUAUGGCCGCCAGGAGACUAUCAAGUCUCUUGCACUAGGCGGAGAAGCAAAGGCAAGCGGUCUUAGCAAAGGUGCCAAGGCGGGUAUCUCGGUUGGCUCCAUCGUCGGUGGACUUCUUAUCAUAGGUGCUAUCCUCGCCGCUGUUCUCUUUGCUCGCAAGAGAUCUGCCAACAAGGCAGCGAACGGGCCCGACAUGGAAAAAGCAGCUGCAGAGAAGAGAAGUACCACUGGUUCGUUGUCUUCUUAG